AGGGUGCACCAAGAACAGAAAGAGCGAGAACGAAAGAGAGGGGGGGGUGACAGAAGAAAGAAAGAGAGACAAAGAAGAAGCAGCAAAGUUUCAGCCAAUGACAGAGGACAUGUUUUCCGCUGUGUUGUGAGUAGAUGUGUCUGUUCUGUUGACCCUGACAUUGUGGGAGUGCUCUGCCUCUGAGAUGUGAGCAUGAAUAUUGGUAAGUGUGAUAUAGAGAGGGUGAGGAGGGCUGAAAGUGAGAGGGUGGAGAGAGUCAGGAUGGUAGUUGUUGGUAGAACGGUUGAGUAUCAGUGUCACUCCCUUCCUUUGUAGUCAGUUCACUUCUUUAUGCUUGGUGACUUUUGUUGAACUGUUGUGAAAAACCUUUAAAAAGCAGCCUCUAUAUAACAGGACUUGUAUUUUAUUGUGUUUUUCUGAAGACCUGACACAGGAGAAAGAGUCUAAAAAUGGGCUAUUUCUGGAGCAAAUGCUAAGAUUGAAGUGCAUUUUUAGAGAUCCUGUAAUUGUGCGGGCUAGCCAUCGUUGGGUCAUGUAAUGCUAUUGGAUUAUUUUAUGGAUCAAAGAUGGAUGCUGUUUGAAGAGGCUAAGAUGUCUGCUUAUCCAAAGAAGCUGGGACCUCACACGAAUCACCGUAAGGACAUUACAUACCAGCAGAGACACUCAAACACUUGAGUCUGGAUGAUAACUGCUCCUAUUUUUGCUCUUAAACACAUUCAAUAGAGAACAGGAAGACCAUUAUUAUUUAUGAUCACGCCUCCUUACAUGGAGACAGACUGACAUUUAAGGUUGAUUCACAUCACUUCACAACAGAGGAAAGAUGGCGGCAGCAGGUUCUGGAGCUUCCCUGAGCCCCAAAUCUAGCUCCCAGACUCCUACCAGCGGAGACAGGCGGCUGCUGGACAAGACCCUAAAAAGACUUUAUAAACUGGGCGAACUGUGCACUAACCCCCGGCUGGGCCUGAGGAACAGUCCACCAUACCUGCCAGAGCUGGUCUCUGAGACGACAACACUGCUGACUCAGGUCUGGGAGCCCUACAGAGGCCCCAGGGGGCCGGGGGGCCAGGCACCCCGAGGGGACGAGGCCAAAUACCUGAGGGUCCACAUCCGAAACCUGCUGGAUAAGACGGACCGGGCGCUGCUGCUGUUCAAAGAGGGACGGGACAAGAUGUUCGAGGACACGUCCAGCUGCAGGAGGAACUUGACCAAACUGUCCUUGCUGUUCAGUCACAUGCUCUGGGAGCUGAGGGCCAUGUUUCCAGGGGGCAGUUAUCAGGGUGACACCUACAGGGUGACUAAGCCAGAGGCAAAGGAGUUUUGGAUGCGCUCAUUCGGAAACAAGUGUUUUGUGCAGUGGAAAAGCUUCAAAGAGCAGCUGCAGAGUGUGCAUGCAUUUGAGGAAGGGAUGGAGUCCAUGGCUCUGAAAUCAACUAUAGAUCUCACCUGUAAUGACUACAUAUCUGUGUUUGAGUUCGACAUCUUCACCAGACUGUUUCAGCCGUGGAGGUCACUCAUAAGGAACUGGAACCAGCUAGCAGUGACUCACCCCGGCUACAUGGCCUUCCUCACCUAUGACCAGGUUAUAGCUCGUCUGGAACACUACCUGCACAGACCUGGGAGCUAUAUCUUCCGCCUGAGCUGCACAAGAAUGGGUCAGUGGGCUAUUGGUCAUGUGACCAGUGAAGGGGGCAUCAUCCAGACCAUCCCCCAGAAUACACCUCUCUACCAGGCACUCAUUCAGGGCUUCAAGGAAGGAUGCUACCUGUACCCAGAUGGCCGAGAUGUGAACCCCGACCUGACAAGCUUGUGUGAGCCGGCCCACAGGGGCAAAGUCAAAGUUUCAGAAGAGCAGUAUGAGAUUUACUGUGACAUCAGCAGCACCUUCCAGCUGUGUAAGAUCUGCACAGAGAGGGAUAAGGACACUCGUAUCCAGCCCUGUGGACAUCUCCUGUGCCAACCCUGCCUCACAGGCUGGCAGCAGAAGUCGGCUGGCCAGACCUGUCCGUACUGUCGCUGCGACAUCAGAGGAACUGAGUCCAUCCUCGUGGAGCCCUUCCUACCAGGCAGCGGUCAGUGGGGGGAGGCGGGUGAGGAGGACCAGGAGGAGGAGGAGGAGGAGGAGGAGGACCAUGAGGACAUUGAACUGGUGCUAAAGAAAAUGGCUGCCCUGAAGAAGUUCUCAAGUUCGGAUUACCAAGUUCCCCGGUCCCACCUCAGCGUUCCACCUCUGCCCCCUAAAAACUUCACCACCCCAUGCUCUCCAUCUCCCUCCAGCCGACCGCGGACCUCAGAAACCCAGACCCCGGAAAAACAUUCCCACUCAAGUUCACCGGCUCAAAGUGGCAAUGGAGCACGUAGAAGAAACAAACAAGAGAAAAAGAAGAACAGCAGUGCUGAAUAUCUCACAGAAGCAAAGUCCGCAUCUUCCUCUCAGAGGGCUGUCGACAGUGCAGCAGCGUGGCUCGAACCCUCCAGCCCAGUCAAACAGAGACAAAGACACAAAGAGAGGGAGGAACGGAGAGCGGGGCUCAGAGAAGACAAAUGUGACCUGGAAGAGAUGACGAGAAGAAUGUCGUCCUGACAGAAGAGCACCUUUGCAAGAUAAAGACUCUAAAUCAAAGCGAGAAAUACCUGAAAAUCAGCCCUCAGUGAAAGUAAAAAUAGUUUCUGGUGUCAUGUUUAGCUGUAAUGAGUGGGUGGGACUGACAGGAAGAUUUCUCACUGAGGCCUCCUACUGUUCAAUAAUUACACUGCCAUUGUCUCAGCAGUAGGUUCAGCACUUAUUCUUUAUAAUUAAAGCAUUUUAUGAGCCCCCCUUAAAUAAUGGAAAUUAUUGAAAUGCUUGACAUUAUAAUUAUAACCCUAACUCUUAUGAAAAAGGAAGGGGGCUAUCACAUGUCUGGAGAGAGAAAUGUGCUACCUCACUGUUUAACCCAUACCAUGAAUAUGUUCCUUAUAACAGCUUUUAAACCCUCUACUGCAGUGGUUCUCAACUGGUCAGGCCUUGGGACCCACUUUUUCCUUUGUCAAUAAAUCGCGACCCGAAAUUUUGAACCACUCAAAUCUAUUCAACAAAAAAUCAUGCUGUAAUAUAUACGCUUUUCAGCAUUCAUUAUUAAUUAAAGUGAAGUACAGUGCAUAUAUCCCUUCACAGAACAAAAUAAUGCUUUUAAAUAAGAUUAAUGAGAUGAUGGAAUCAAAGCUGAACUAUAUAACAUAUAGUACAUGUGGUACAUGUGGCCUUGGGUUUUCAGCACUGAAUACCCAACCUCAGCAGGGGGGUCUGAGGGGAUUCUCCCUCAGGAGAUUUUUAGAAAUAACAUAACAUAUAAACUACGCAUUCUGGUACACUCUGAAAAUAAAAUAAAUAAAUAUAUUACUACCCGA